AAGCAGGGUCAGCAACUAGGCAGAUAAGCAGGAACACAGGAUACCAGGUACAGGGGCUCAUGGGAAACAUACACCAAGGCCCUGAUCACAGGCCUGGUCAUUCCUUAAAAUACACCUCCUGCAAUCAGCCCCAGGUGUUGGCUGACUGCAGGAGUGAGCUUCUGGCUGCUGAAAGCACCCGCUGGUCAGCCCUGGUGUACUGGCAGCCCACACGGCAGGUGAGUCCCACCACCAGUGCUGAGUCCACCUCCUGCAAUCAGCCCCAGGUGUUGGCUGACUGCAGGAGUGAGCUUCUGGCUGCUGAGAGCACCCGUUGGUCAGCCCUGGUACUGCAGCCCACACGGCAGGUGAGUCCCACCACCAGUGCUGAGUCCAUUCCUGACAUUUUUCAUACAAAUUCAUACACUUCAACAGGAACUAGGCACAUUAAUAUGAAGUAUAUAUUCGGAUAGGUCAUUUUAAUAUGAGUCAAAUGAGACCGU